CCAUUUGUGUCCUAGUUUCAGUCCAGUUAUAAUGGAAUGUCAGCAGUGAUUGAGAGUGAUUUCCCUGCUCCAACAGGAAGGAUGUGAUAGCCUACAGGUUUCCCUUUAGUGUUGGGUGAGCUUGCAUGCCCUUCCUCAAGUACACAUUUACAAUACGGCUGAAGCUGCCAGAUAUGUACCGUAAUUACCGAAAGAGGAGUCAAUUUUCCUGCAGUGAAUAAAGAGAGUGGGUGUUUACGGAGCUAGGAAGAGUUUAGAAGUACCCUUUGUUGUUCGUCCCCGGAGACUUGACAGAAAAGUUGGCUGUUGACUGCUCUUCCGAAUCUGUUCUGUGGCUGCGAGGACAGUCGAUAGAUAGUAUGGAUAAUAUAUAAAUAUUAUAAAGGAUGAAAAGAGCUUACAGGUGUUCCUUGACGUUUCUGGCACUUUUGUGUAUUUUAAAAGUAUGUGAACUGUGCUCAUCUGUUCGAGCAAGUCGUGCUACAAAGUUUGUGGCGGAGGGCGGCAGUCUCCAGUUGAGCUGUGAAGUGCAACACUGUGGGCUUCCUGGCUGGACUGGAGGAUGGACUUUCCAGGAAUCGGACAGAACAAGAUUUACUUUCCUCACUCCCUCUGAACGAAUCGAGAUGUCCAGUUACAGCUCAACAGCCAAUAGCACACAUCUGUUACUCCACAUUCACAACAUCAACCAGUCAGAUGCUGGAGCAUACAAGUGCCUGAUAUCCUGGUCUCAGAAUUUAACUAGCAGUGGACAUGUGACAUUUGUUAACGUGACUGCAGCAACAGUAGACUCAUCAGUCAGAAGCCUCUCUCAUAGAGUUCUGCUUUGUUUUGGUGCCUUGAUGUGUUUUCCUGUUGUUUUGGGAUUUGUUUGGUGUCUCACCCGGGAUCCUCAUCCACCACUACCCCCUGUCCCGCCUCACCCCCGCACGUCCUAUGCAUCUAGAGUGAAAACAAAAAAGGAACUGGUGUAUGCAGAAGUUGCAUUGAGUGAUUCAAGGCGGCUGGAUGAUCAUCCAAAACAAGCGUCUGAGCCAACGGUCUAUUCCUCUGUGCAUUUCAGCCGAACAUAAAGACAUCUUGCAUUUCUAUCUCACUUGUGGCUGUGGGUUAUUUUCAAUACCAGAGCAAACAUGACUGUAAACACUGUGGCAGUACAGUUGAAUUGUUAGUCAACAAGAUUGAAAAGAUAUCAACCUGACUUGAGAUCCUUUGAAAUGUGAAUGCUAACAAUGUUACACUUUGAUUUAUUAUACAGUGGUUGUAACGCCAUACUGAAUGGUGGUGUUCUUCCAGAAACACUGUAGGAUGUUUGUUUGUGUAUGUAGAAUGUAAGAUUGUACCUAAAAUAAAAAGAGAUGUA